AUGGCACCAAAAGCUGCUGAGAAGAAACCCACCACUGGCGGCAAGGCCCCAGCUGGAAAGGCUCCCGCUGCCGAGAAGAAGGAAGCUGGCAAGAAGACCGCCGCCGCUCCCUCUGGUGACAAGAAGAAGCGAGGCAAGACCAGGAAGGAGACUUACUCUUCUUACAUCUACAAGGUCCUCAAGCAAGUCCACCCUGAUACUGGUAUCUCCAACCGUGCCAUGUCCAUCCUGAACUCUUUCGUCAAUGACAUCUUCGAGCGUGUCGCCACCGAAGCCUCCAAGCUUGCUGCCUACAACAAGAAGUCCACAAUCUCCUCCCGAGAGAUCCAGACAUCCGUCAGACUGAUCCUGCCCGGUGAACUCGCCAAGCACGCCGUGUCUGAAGGCACCAAGGCUGUCACCAAAUACUCCUCCCAAAGCAAGUAA